UAUAUUAUAUAAUAAAUAUAUAUUAUUUACUGAUAAUAAAAAUAUUGUUAUUCUUCUAUCACAAAUAUCUAUGUAAAUAUGUUAAUCAAAUACAACAAUCAAACAACAUAAUGAUUUCCACAAAGAAAUUUUUUAAAAAUAUAUUUAUGUUUUUUUUUUUUGUGUAAAUGUUAAAUUUUAUACCAAAUUUUCUUUGUGACAGAAGUUACACAGAACACAAGUAGCGGAAAGAAAAUAUAAAUCUAAAGCAACACAAGAGAGAAAGAAAAAGCAAACCCAACUGAACAACAGACAUAACCAUAUUAACAAAAGGUUUUAUGGCUUGGAAGGAGCCAAAACUUGACACAGGAAGCAUUGCCACAUGAGAAGGAAGCCUUUGAUAAUCCAUAAGACCACGCUUUGGUAGAAAUCGGCUUGCCCGCAGCGCUACUCCAAAUGAUUGACUUCCAUCCACACGCAGCUUUGCCAUCCUAGUCGCUGCAACUCAAGCCUCACACAACCACCGGUAGAGGAGGACCCAAGCCCCUAGAGCUUCAGUCAUCGAACCGCCCCAAAAAACCUUUAGAGCGCCUUCUGGGAUGCCAAUGAACAAUUAAAAUCUACACUUAUUAGACUCGUCUUCGGAAAUAAUUGCGAGCCAUAGCAGAAAACCGGGCGCGGUGAGGACCACAUCCUGAUGACGUUCAUCCUUCCUACAAACGGACCGAAGAUCGGCCCACCAAAGCGAUCCAAGCGAAUCACAGAGGUGCUGGGAAAACCAAUCCUCACACGAGUCUCCCACGGAGAGACAUCACUCCAAUGACCCAAAGGAGGUCUGAACUAACCGCCUCGUGCCACAACUGAGAACCAGAGGCAGCUCCGCAAUGCCUCAUCAACACAACAACACGGAGGGAGAUCCGAACCAUUACCUGAUGAGCCGGAGAGAUAGAAACACCACGCCACACAACGACGCAGACGACAUCAAGAGCGGCGACAAACUGAGAGGAGAGAGAUGGAGCAACAAGCAACAAAGUCCACGGCAAUGUCAUAGACGACCCACCAUGAAACAGAGUACGAUUGUUGCACGCGAGCAACACAGCAGCUACGGCAUCCACACGAAAGCCUUCACCGCCACGGUCGCGCACCGGAGAGGACUCUAGACCCAAAUUUGUCCGGAGAAAACGGCUGGCUCAACGAACUCGACACCAAGCAAGUGAGCCAACACGCCGUCGGACUGGACCUCCAUGAACCCGGAGUAAGACACCAAACCACCGGAUCUGAAGAGAGGACCGGCCCCGCUCAGCCACGCGCCCUCACUGCUGUAGAGGAGUAGAUCUGGCGAAGGGGAAAACUGUGACCUAACCCUCUACACAACCCUAAACUCCGACUUCUCACCAAAUCCAGUCAAUCCAACCUCGUCGUAACACCAUCCUCUGUCAAGACUCGUCGGAUCUACACAGAUCGACGGAGCGGCUAGACUUCAUCGAACAGAGCCACAAACAUAUCGGCUAGAUAUGUGAACCGGCGGAGAAGCAAUACAUAAAACAACAAACGGACGCUUCCGACGGUGGAGCCGCCGGAGCAAACUGUCGGAGAUAAAAGCUUGACCUUCUUUUUUUUUUUUUUUUUGAGAGAGUUUCGUUUAGAGGAGAGAUCAAAUAUAUUUAUGUUUUGUAGUCUUAUUUUAUAUUCUUUAAAUAAUGUAAUACAAUAUUAUACAUUAUUUUUUUUAGAAUUGAGAAAUACAUAUAAUAUCUUACUAAGCGCAGUUAAAAGAUCUAGUCUUAAUUUAAUUGUUUAAUUUAGUGCGUUUUAGGAUUAAACACGUGAGUUGAUUAUAUGCAUUUGUCAUCUAAACACGGAGCAAGAAAAGGUUCACGUGUUAUAUACUUAUGAAUAAUGAUUCUAGAAGAAGGAUAAGACUACCUAAACCCCUAAAAAUCUACGUAAACCUUAAAGAACAAUCAAAUGAUCAAUCUCUCAAAUAAAUCCGAAACAUUUAACUUGUUUUCAGUCGUAAGACUAAGAGUAAUCAAUAAUUACUAAUCAUGCAUGUGGUUAUGAGUCAAAACCAAUACACAUCUCGUUUUCAUUAUUUAUAUUGACACGCAUGGAGGCUUGUGGACGAAAUACGAGAAAGUACCCCUUUAGUUUGUGGAUCUUCAAUGAGUUUCUUAUGAAGCAAGUUUGCUGGUAAUUAAUUUGUCAUAAGUUAUUACUCACUCAAAUCAUAAUUUGGUAGGUUACACUUGUUUGUAUAAAUUAAAGAGACAGACUAUAACUUGAACAGACGAAAGUUAUGAAAGUGGACAUACCUAAUCAUUAAACCACAAUAUCUCAAAGUUCAUUUUUAAUUUUCAAAAAGCUUGUAGACAACUGUUUAGUUUUUAACGCAUAUUACUAAAGUUCUUAGUGACCACAUUUAAUACUUUUAUUGUAUAAAUAGAGUUUGACAAAGGGAAAAAAUUGUGUUGGUUAUAUGGUCCACCGAAACUUGUUCAUGUCUGGAUGAGCAGAACCGUGUGAGGAGCUGCAAAAUCAUGCCAAGUCAGCAACAAACUGUCUGACUGUGGUACUCAUGACCUCUUCUUUGCUUGACUUUCUCAUGAGUUAAGAUUAGACGUAUUCAAACCCUUAUUUUUGUUCAUUAGGUUGCAAACAAAAGAAACACACAAGUCAGCUCUUGUAUUUUUUUUUUUUUUUUUUAACAGGAGGUUCAAAGGUGACCCGUAAUCCGCACGUGGUUUCCGUUUGCCCAAAGGCCCGUAAUCCGCACAUGGUUUCCGAUUGCCAACCAUCUAAAUCCGUCAGCUCUUGUAUUUACUUAGUUUAAAUCAUAAUAUAAAAAUAAAACAAAAAUAACAACGUUAGCAUCAGCUAGCUAGCAGGUUUAUUUUCAGUUUAGCUAAUUAUAAACGUGUAUUAAGAGUAACAACUAGUUCUGGAGGUCGUAAAAUAAAAAUCAAGUCUUUUCUAACGACUGGAAAACUUUUUUUAUCUAUGGGUAAACCAAACCCACAUCUUGGUAAGAAAUAGACAUGAAAGAACAUUAAAAUAUACUAAUCAAUACAAAACAACCAAGUAGCCAAAUUUUACCACAUUUUAAGUAGGAAACUUUUGCUUUUCCUCAUUUGACUUUUCUCUUCUCCCUCUUUCAUACACAUAUGACAUCAUAUAUAUACAAGCAUUCAUGUACCUUCCCUUUUCCCUUAAUCAUCACAUACUCAUUGUUCUUCUUUACUAAAAACAUCACCACACUCACAUAUAUACGCAUAUACCUCUCUAUAUUUUUUUUAUAUAUACUCUUCUCAUAAAGUAGACUCUAUGGAUAAUAAAUCUCCAAGAUCAAAAGAAAUCUUGGGACCAAGACCAACUCCAUUGAAAAUCCGUAAAGACUCUCACAAGAUCAUCAAGAAGCCACCACUAGCGCCACAACCACUACAAUCACAACCACCGCAGCUACACGAGCAAGAACCAUCACAACUAUUGCCUCCACGCGGUCCAGUGAUAAUAUACACUGUAUCUCCCAAGAUUAUACAUACACAUCCUAAUAACUUCAUGACAUUGGUUCAACGUCUCACAGGCAAAACCUCUACCCCCACAAUUCCAUCCUCCUCUUCUCCAUACCCCUUAGCACUAGACUACACAUCUGCAUCAAGAGACACGUCAGCAGUGUUCGAUGCAUCCCGUGGUUCGAUAUCUCCGGCGGCUAGGUAUGCUGCGAUGGAGAAAGCUAAUGUUUCAAAUGAACUAGGGUUUGUGGGUGGCAUAGAGAGCACGAAUCAAUAUUACCAACAUGACCAUCAUCAAAACCGAGCUACCGAACGUGCUGGAAUCUUGUCUCCAGGGCCCGCUUCUCUACCGCAGAUAUCGCCAGAUUUCUUUUCUACGGUUGGAGGAUCUGAUCCUCAAGGUUUUUCGUCGUUCUUCAAUGACUUUAGCUCAAUCCUACAAGCCACUCCAACGAUCCCGUCUCCUUCUUCCAUGGACCUUUUCACAAAUUUUUUUGAUUGUUAGAUUGGGAUUUUAUUUCAAGUUGAACUUAGUUUUACAAGUAUUAUAGAGGGACACAUGAUGUGUUAUACGUUUUUCAUCAUUUUUAGGAAACACUCUCAUAGAAUUAGAGGGGUUAUACUUCUGCAUGUCGUCAUGUUGACGUCAUCUGUUAGAAACAAAUUGGCAAUUUGAUGAUAUAUGUAUGCGUGUUCGGUGGGCAUUUUCAUAGUUUUAAAUACUAUCUUUAGUGACUCUUGUUCCUCCUUAGCUACUUGUGCUCAUCGACUAUAAUCUAAUUGGAGGCAUUUAUUAUUGUUACUGUUUGUACAUUAAACGUUAUGAAUUUUGGGUUUGUUUGUAUACCAAAUCUAGAUUGCUUAUUUUUUAUUUCAAAAACAAUCAGUGGAGUAAAAGCAAGUACUUUCACUUGUGUAAUUGACUUGUUGCAAAAAAGAAGAAGAAGAAGAAUAACAUUAUAUAAUAGAAAAAUGAAGCUAUUGCGUGCAAAGUAGUGACAGGGUGAAAUAUCGACCAGCUACAACAUGCGGGUUAAAAUGAAAUGUCUGUGUUUGGAUCCGCUACCUAUCUGGUUUACAGUAGGUGACGUACCGGCAUGAUUUCUUAUGAAAAUUGCCGCACGUUUAAUUUCUCUUACACCUUAUAUUCGGAUUGUCCAACCACCAUGCAUCUGCUUCAUGCUCCUCAAAUCUUAUUCGACAUCAACUUUUUAAAACUACUAAUACAUAGACGGGUACAGUGAAAGAAAGUUGUAUAAGGUCAAAAUGCAUUUCAACAUGAAAAGGAGAUGUUUGUUUUGACUGAAGAAAACUCGUCUAUGAUCUUAAAGUUCCAUCAUGGAAGGCCAUAAGGGUUAAAUACAGGCCCCACUAAUACUGCUUAGCCCACUCUGGGGAUUCUAUAGAAGCAACAUGAGAGGUUCACAAAAAAAACCAUGAGCUUCACAAGAUUCAAUGCUUCCAGUCCAUUUUCUUGUGGAAAAUGAGAACCAUUUUGGUCAUUAAUACAAGAAAUAGACUUUAUCUGCUAUUAAUAAAAUGGUGCAAAAGUUAGUUUUGACUAGUCUUCACAAGAGCUAAUUUGCUUUAGCAAUUUGACUUAAGAGGUUCGACUUAGAUAUCAUAUGACCUCCUUUGCAGGCAUUUGAUUUAGAAGAUCGCCCUGCAGCUAGUUCUACAUUUUCCCGAGCUUUCUUGGAGUUAGCAUCUCCGACUCAGCCUAAACCCCAAUUAUAUUGUAAAACCAAAUCCAUGAUGUGUUUAUUAUUACAUAUCCACACAAGUGAUAUCUACGCCAUGUUGGUGAGUAUAGUAAUGGGAAAAGUUUGAUUGUGGGUCCAUUUCAGAGUAAGUGUGCGUAACUCAGCUCGCAAGACUUGAUUAGUCUUGCUACUAUCGUCUACUAGAAAAGAGUUGCGUGAAUCUCUUUUAGAUCACAACCCACGAAAAUUCUCAAUAUUAAAAUUCAGAAACUUAUCUUUCAUUACUCAACAAAUCCCACUAAAUAGUCUGCUAAUUAAUCUUCUAGAAAAGAUCACAUAAAAUAUUAUACAAAAUAGAGUUUCAAAUAAUCACCAUCUAAUUAUUAGAGAACCUAGUCAAACCCAUUAAUGGAAAAUUUACGAGUGACAAAUUACUUGUGGAGAGGACGAGAUUAAGAGCAUCAUUAUCCUAGAGAUCCUUUAAAGAUCUCUUAAUUAAUUUUUAAUAUUAUUUAAAUAGUAAAUUUGGUUAAAAGACUUAAUUAAGAACUUUCAAUUUUUAUAUCUUCCAUUGCAAGUCUCUUAUUUAAGGGUUUUUAGAAAAAAAAAAUAUUAUUAAAAUGAUCAUAGAGGUAGAAGUUUCUAUAAGAUGAAAAUCUAGAGCUUAUCCAAAACAAGUGAAGAGGAGUAAACAGAUGCAUGAUUGAAUCUAUGGCAAUGAAGAAGCAAGAGUGAGAAAUUUGAGAACUGUCACUUAAAAGGACUUAUUAUAAAGAACCAAGUAAUGAAAUCAACUAACAAGAGAGAUGGAAGGAGAAGGUUCUGCAACGAGAGAGAGUGUGUGAGUGAGAUGAGAAAAGGGGAGGAGACAGUACUUGAGUUUGAGUAUGAAUAAACACAAAGGCAUCAGAGAUAAGGAGUAAGCUAUGUUCAGCUCUGGACCUGAGCUUCUGCUGCUCUUCCUUUUCUUCAUUGGCUGCAGCCAUUAGCUCAUCAAACUUCUCUGACUUCCCAAGCGUAAUUUCAAUCUGCAAGACCAAAAAAACAAAGAAUCAAAUUUUGAUAUCUCACGAAAAGUUCAUCUGUUUAGUGAUUUAUACUAUUCACUUAUCUUAUCAAUAAUACAAUUUCUUUGCUUGGUUUAUUGUUUGUUUAUGGACGAAAGCAGAAACCCAAUCUGUUUUUAAAGAUCUUUAUCCCACUUCUCUUUUUCAACGAUCAGCAAGAUUCAAAGGUUACUCAAACCUCAGGACCUGUAACCAAUAGAUAGAAUUUGAACUAGAAGAUGCCUUGUAAUAGAAGACGAUUAGCUGUAUUCCAAGCCAAGCAAAGUACAAGUAACGAAACUCAUAUAUCAUUUUACUGCAACAUCAAUGCUGGACUCUUGUGACAUAUCUAGAACACAAAUAAUUUAUGGAUAUAUCCACUAGAUAUUCUUAUGAUUGAUAAACAUUAAUGCACAAA